CUGCUAAAUCUUUUUCUGUUUUCAGAUAAACUCAAUCCCAUUCUUCUUCCCCUUCCUUAAAUCCAAUCCCAUCAAAACUCUCUCUCUCUCUCCCCCAAGAUUUUCUGAUUUGAUUUCCUCAUUCUGCAUCAUAAAAGCCAAAAAAACCCCACAUCACUAUCUGCAAAACAUUCCCACUCUCUCUCCCUCCGCUCUCUCUCUCCUCUCUCUCUCUCUCUCCUUGAAAUUCAGUACCAUUUUUAAAUCACACCUCACCAUCAUGGCUUCCUUCAAAGUCAAGCAAGAAUAACAGAAACCCCGAAAGCUUCUUCCUUUUUCCUUUUUUUCCUUUUUUCAAGCAAUAAUGGCUCAGAUUCUCAGAGACAGAGUAUUCGGAAGCUCCAGACGACACUCCCAAAAUUCAAUUCCAAUUCCAAUUCCAAUCCAACCCGCCAUGCCCUUUCACCCAGUUGAAGCCCUCCCCAACCCCUUUGGGGAACUGGGUCCGACCCUCUCGGACUCGGAGCUCCGGGAAACCGUCUACGAGAUCUUAGUCGGAGCCUGCCGGAGCUCCGGGCCCAAGCCGCUCACCUACAUCCCACAGUCCGAGAAGACCGACCGGAGUGCUCUGACUUCGCUCCCGUCGUCGCUUCAGAGGUCGACGUCGUCGGCGGCGAGCCGGGUCAAGAAGGCGCUGGGUUUGAAGUCGUCGUCUGGCAGGAGACUCGGUGGCGGUGACUCAGUGAGCCUGGGGAGGAGUAAGCGGACCGGGACGGUUUGGGAGCUCGUGAGAGUUCAGAUGAAGGUUUCGGAGCAGACUGAUACGAGGGUCCGGCGAGCACUUUUGAGGGUUGCUGCUGGUCAGCUUGGACGGCGAAUAGAAUGCAUGGUAUUGCCCCUUGAGCUAUUACAGCAGUUCAAGUCUUCGGAUUUUCCUAACCAACAAGAAUAUGAAGCUUGGCAGAGGAGAAACUUGAGGGUUCUCGAAGCCGGACUUCUUUUGUAUCCUUAUUUGCCUUUAGAUAAGAGAGACACUGCUUCUCAACAACUCCGGAAGAUUAUUCAUGGGGCCUUAGAUAAACCCAUAGAAACUGGAAAGCACACUGAGUCGAUGCAAGUUCUUCGCAAUGUUGUUAUGUCUCUUGCUAACAGAUCAGUUGACGGUUCUGUUUCCGAGACAUGCCACUGGGCUGAUGGGUUUCCGUUGAAUCUGAGGCUCUACCAAAUUCUACUAGAAUCGUGUUUUGACCCUAAUGAAGAAACAUCUGUUAUUGAAGAGCUUGAUGAGGUUUUCGACCUCAUAAAGAAGACCUGGGUGGUUCUCGGAAUAAAUCAAAUGCUGCAUAAUCUUUGUUUCUCGUGGGUUUUAUUUCAUCGUUAUGUUACAACUGGCCAAGUGGAUAAUGACCUGCUGCUUGCGUCCAGUAACCUGUUGGCGGAAGUUGAACAAGAUGCCUAUGGCACAAAAGAUCCAUCUUAUUCAAAGAUCUUAAGUUCGACAUUGAGUUCGAUAUUGGGUUGGGCUGAGAAAAGGCUUCUUGCUUACCGAGAUACUUUCCACAGUGGCAAUAUUGAAGCAAUGCAAAACAUUCUCUCUCUGGGGUUAUUAUCAGCAAAAAUACUGGUUCAAGAUAUUUCUCAUGAGUACCGUAGGAAGAGGAAAGAAACUAAUGUGGGUUAUGACAGGGUUGAUGCUUACAUAAGAUCAUCAAUAAGCACCGCUUUUGCACAGAAACUGGAAAAGGUAGGUUCUAGCAAGCGCUACUCGAAGAGCCAAAACAAUCUUCCUGCUCUUACCGUCCUUGCACAAGAAGUUAGUGAACUGGCUUUUAGUGAGAAGGAGAUAUUUGGUCCAGUAUUCAAGAGAUGGCACCCUCUUGCAACAGGCAUUGCUAUGGCUACGCUGCAUUCUUGCUAUGGAAAUGAGCUGAAGCAAUUUGUGGCGGGUCUCAGUGAGUUGACACCAGACACUAUACAAGUGCUGAGAGCUGCUGACAAAUUAGAAAAAGAUCUUGUGCAGAUUGCCGUCGAAGAUUCAGUGGAUAGUGAGGAUGGGGGGAAAUCGAUCAUAAGGGAGAUGCCUCCUUACGAGACUGAAGCUGUAAUUGCCAAUCUGGCAAAGACUUGGAUAAGGACAAGAGUAGACAGGCUGAGGGAAUGGGUUGACAGAAAUCUGCAUCAAGAGGUAUGGAAUCCAAAGGCAAACAAAGAGCGGCUUGCUCCUUCUGCUGUUGAAGUUUUACGCAUUAUAGAUGAAACGUUGGAAGCAUUCUUUACGUUGCAGAUACCCAUGCAUUCUGUCUUGGUUCCAGAACUGAUGACCAGUCUUGACAAAUGUAUUCAACAUUAUGUCUUGAAGGCCAAAUCUGGAUGCGGGACCCUAAGCACUUCCAUACCCGCUUUACCGGCUUUGACCAGAUGCUCAGCAGGAUCAAAAUAUGCUGUGUUCAAGAAAAAGGAAAGGUUGCAUAUAAGCCAGAGAAGGAAAUCUCAGGUUGAAAGUACAAAUGGGGACAGCUCAUUUGGGAUUCUGCAACUUUGUGUGCGCAUUAAUACUUUGCAGCUUAUUCGAAUGGAAUUGGGAGUUUUUGAGAAGAGGAUAAUUGCCCAUCUUGGGAGCUCAGAAACCCGUCAAGGGGACAAUAUAGCAAACGGAGUGGGCAAAAUGUUUCAGCUUUCCGCAUCUGCUUGUGCUGAAGGAAUCCAACAACUUUGUGAGGCAACAGCAUACAAGGUCGUUUUCCAUGACCUAAGUCAUGUCCUUUGGGACAGCUUGUAUAUUUUGGGAGUUUCGUCAUCUAGGAUUGAGCCAUUUCUUCAGGAACUUGAGCAAUACUUGGAGAUUAUUUCAUCAACUGUGCACGACAGAGUUAGAACACGAGUCAUUACUGAUGUAAUGAGAGCUUCUUUUGACGGGUUCUUGUUGGUUUUGCUAGCUGGAGGACCUUCUCGCACUUUCACGCAGAAAGAUUCUGGCUUAAUCGAGGAGGAUUUUAAGUUUCUGACUGAUUUAUUCUGGUCAAACGGGGAUGGACUGCCGGCUGAUUUGAUUGAUAAGUUAUCGACCACUGUUAAAAGUAUCCUCCCUCUGUACGGUAUUGAUACUGACAGCCUUGUUGAACAGUUCAAACGUGCAACUCUGGAGAACUACGGAUCUUCAGCUAAAUCCCGGCUUCCAAUGCCUCCAACUACAGGGGAAUGGAAUUCCAACGAGCCAAACACACUUCUACGUGUCUUGUGUUAUCGGAAUGACGAGACUGCAGCAAAGUUCCUUAAGAAGACUUACAACUUGCCUAAGAAGCUGUAACAACUUGAAAAGAUUGAUGAAGGAUAAAUUCAUCGGUUGAGUAAGGAUUAUUUUCGGCUUGGCUUAUUCACGGCAUCACCCACUGAAAACUCCGUUUUCGUGUUUUUGUCGGAAGAUCUGUUCAGUUUGGGUGCAGAAUAUAGAGAUGUAUAGCAUAUUUAUUGGUCCACUUUCUUGCUGUUUGGAGCUUUCACCACUCUCCGUCCAGAACUUCAAGCAAGCAAGCAGUGGACUUGUUCUUAGUGCAUGGGAUUAAUAAGGGUUUAGCAAAUAUUUAUACUAUUCGUUAUUCUAAUGUGUCGAUUACUUUGCCGAAUGCAGUGGGGGUGUAUGCUUCAGCUUUCUUUCUCCGUCGCGUUGUUUUUGCCCUCGGCUUCUUGUUCUUUGUGAUGAAAAUGGUGGAAUAUGUA